AUGUUGUCAGGUGAUAUUUUGAUUCGUCAACCUUUGAGUGUGGCCUUGCUGCCGCCACCCUCAUUAAUAGAGUUUUGUAAAAUUAUGGCGGCAAUUGCAACGCUAGCCAACCAGCAAAAUAUCGACGAUGAUGACAUUUUCCUAGAAAAUGGUCUUUUGAGCUACGAAAACCCCAACUAUCAUAUGGAUCCCCAGCGAUUGGAACGCAAUUCACAUCUGUACGAGGAGAUCAUUUCAGAAUUGCAACAGCAGGGAACUCUCGGACCAAUCGCAGGCGUGCAGAAUGGUUCACAAAUGAUCAGUAACAAUCGCAAAGGCUACGGAGUGCUCGAUCUCGGCACGAUGGGUGUAGAGCUGAAGAGUGGUCCAGAUGGAAGUUCCCCAAAGGAAAAGAAAACGUUGCUUAGUGAUACGUCUCCAAACGAAUCGAAAACACAGAAAGACCAAGAACCGGAACAUGGUGAAAAAACGCAAGAGAUUCAACACAUUCCUGGGACAUUAAAUUCGGACGACCUGUACGCAUUGCCGAACAAGCGGAAACAGUCAGAUGUCGGAGAAGUGCCACCGGAAGAAGAUGAUGCGGAAGAUGAAGAGCUCGAUAGGGACGGGUUGGAUGGCGAAGAGAAAGGAAAGCGAGAGGACAUCGAAGGCAUUGAGGAUAAGGACAAAACGAAAGAUUUACCACCGGGUUGGGAGAAACACGAAGAUAACGGAGGUGCGUACUACUGGCAUAUCAAGUCGGGUACCAUCCAGCGCGAACCACCACUGUGGCCAAAGGACUCGAGCAGUAGAGAAUUGAAAACGCCUAGCAUUCCCAUACCGCGAAGUAUACAAAAUUCCUCCUUCACUCAAGCCUUGAACAACCUGUACGGCAAUCCCAAGGAUUUUACUGUUGGCGCAAGCGGCAACAGUAAAUCCGCUCUAUACGACAGUAUGACGUCGUCCGUCACCAGAAGCAGUACCAGCUCAGCAUUGGAUCAGGAAGACGAACGUCGACGUCGAGAGGAUGUUGCUUUAAAACGACGAAGCUUUCCUUUGAAAUCGGAUACAGAUCGACCAAUUCGGUUCGCGGUGCGUUCGCUCGGUUGGGUGGAGAUUGCGGAAGAAGAUUUAACACCGGAGCGAUCGUCGAAAGCCGUUAACAAAUGCAUCGUUGAUUUGUCACUUGGGCGCAAUGACAUGCUGGACGUGGUUGGCCGUUGGGGCGAUGGCAAAGAUUUGUUCAUGGAUCUGGAUGAAGGGGCUCUAAAGUUGAUAGAUCCGGAAAAUUUGACAAUAUUAAACUCACAGCCAAUUCACACGAUACGUGUAUGGGGCGUAGGACGUGAUAAUGGCCGUGAAAGGGACUUUGCGUAUGUAGCUCGGGAUCGUCUUACCAGAAUACAUAUGUGUCACGUGUUUCGCUGUGAAACUGCUGCCAGAACGAUUGCAAAUACGCUCAGAGAUAUUUGUAAACGGAUAAUGAUCGAACGUUCCCUCCAACUCGACUCAAAUGGAUCCAACAUGAGCAGCACACGGUGUGCCAUACGUCCCACUGAUCUACCGACUGAGAACAGACGCUGGAUACGACAUCCACAAUCAUUCCCUACCCCGAUGGAAGAACCGAAGAAAGUAUUACGGGCACAGUACGUGGGAUGUGCGGAAGUAAGUCAGCCGACCGGUAUGGAGGCAUUGAACGAUGCUAUCGAUAAAUUGACUUCCUGCACGCCAUCCGAAAACUGGGACUAUGUGAACGUUGCUGUAGCGCCUAGUAUGAUCAGCGUCAACUCGUCGGAUCCUGACGGACGCUUGUUAUGCGAAUGUCGUGUGCGGUACUUAAGUUUCUUGGGUAUUGGUAAGAACGUUCAGCAGUGCGCAUUUAUCAUGCAUACCGCUCAGGACAAAUUUGUAGCCCAUGUAUUCUACUGCGAGCCAACAAGCGGACCAUUGUGCAAGACGAUAGAGGCUGCGUGUAAGCUGCGAUACCAAAAAUGCUUGGAUGCUCAUCCAGAAGGCAGCGGUCGCUACUCGGCCGAUUCGCAAACGCCUGGUAAGGGAAUUGGUGCGACUUUAAAAAACUUGAUGAGCUCGUUCUCGCUUAAAAAGGAUAAGGUCAGCUCCUGAGAACGAGCCAGAUCUCUGCAGGAAAUCUGGCCACUUCCUCCAGAGAGGGAAGUCAUUCCGCAUCGGCAUCUGCAGUCGCCCUUGAUCAGCAAGAAAAUAUUUGAACAUACCAACAGUCCGUAGCAUUCGAUGCUGCCAGUUGCCUGGCAGAAGAUAAACCUAGCUAAAUACAACAGCAACCAGCAUCGGAAGACUACUUACGGCAAGGGUUCAGGUGCGGUUGAUGGGCGCUUAGGCGCAGUAACCUUAGAUGACCACCAACCGAUACCGGCAACUAUAAUCAAUGAUGCCAACCAAGAAGCUGCUCUCGAUAUGGAGGAGGAUGAUAGUAGUAUUAGGACGCUUGAUUCCGUCAUGGAAGAAUCAUUUGGAAACUGGUCUGAUGGUCAAUAGACGCGGUAGUCGAUCACAAUUUUAAUGCUGCAGCAACUGUGAAAAAUAGAGAGCAACGCAAAAAUGCAAGACAAACAUAAGACGAAUGAUAACGCAUUAACCAUACUUUAUCAAACAUGCGAUCGCUUCAAUGCGUGCUUGCAAGUAACGUUCGAUAUUGCUACCUUUAUCCUCGGCGCCGUGUUGAUGGAAUUAGGGGAAUCGUUUAGUACAUCACCUUAGUGCACUGUGAGCGUAGAUCGCCCUGUAGAUCAUAAGCGAAGAACAUACAGCAUCAUCGGUCACGUUUUGUAAAACUGUGUUUAUCAUAAAUCACUGUUGUGCGUACGAAAAUUGGCUGCUGUGCGGUCGAUGCGUGAAAUAAGAUUAUGCACUUGAUUUGGUAACACCAUCAUGGCUGGUUCGCGAUCGUUAGCAGUAAUGAUCAAUUUUACGAAGGAACUGUAAGUGGUUUGUAUCAUCACUAUGAGGGUGAGGUGAAUGUAUCGCAGGAUCAAUUGUGAGAGCAUCCAGGUAUCGACCUGAUAGAACGUAGGUUGCAUCACUUGGCUUUACAAGAACUGCACGCUUGAACAUGCAAACUAAACAUGUGUAUUCAUUGGGAACUAAAUGACAGCAGCGUUAGUAGAUAUAACAACGAUUUUUGUUAAUUUUUGCAUAACAGUCAGUGAUGGUUUUAGUUUUUCUUUUGUUUCCCACAUCAAUACUGCGAAUAUUUUGAGCCAGUUUUACUUUCUAUAUUUCGACGGUCGAAUGGUCCUUCCGAGAACGUCAAUAGAGACACUAUAAAAUUGAGUCGAUUUUUUAAAAUCGCUUUUAAGUAAUAUGAGAUUUGUUGUUUAAAUUCAAUCUUGUUGUAUACUCUUAUGUUGUAUGCACGGCUUUAUUAUCCAAAACGCCACUCAUUAGAAUAAAAAAAAACCGUUAGAAAAUCGAAACUGCCGUUCAAUUUAAAGAUUUUUCCAUGCUCGGUGUAUAUACAUUUAUACUCCUAUAUAUUUUUGUAAAGGAACAGUAGCAAGAUGACAAAACAGGGCAAGUAACAGUAGACGCAUGGACUCGGAGUAACGAACGAACGAGGAAUGAGGAUAUUAUUUAACAUUUCAUUAAAACCAGUAGGACAAAUACAACUAUAUAAAAUGCUAGGGCACCAGGAGAAUCAUUUUUUAAAACAUAAUGAAGAAAAACGCUUGUGUAACGCCUUUUGCCUUGCGUGUACGUAAACCGAUCCGUUGAUUUCCCGAAAGAAACGUGAUAGCUACCGCCUGUUUGGUAACGAUUGUAGCGGUGCUUACAAUGCGGAUAAAAAAGUGACGAUACUAUAACAUAUAUGUAUUAUUUUUGCUAUGUAACAGAUUGCGUUCGCUUUAGGAACUAUUCUAAAUAAUGCAUAAGGCAGAGAUGGAUAAGGAAGAAAAAUGAACGGUACGGAAAAUCCAGAUUAAAUAAAGUCAGAAGACAGACAAACGAAUGGAAAUGUAAAGAAAGUUGUUUAGAGAGAAAGAGAGAAACAGGAAGGGGGAGAUAGACAGAAAAAGAAAGAGAAAAAGAAAGGAAAACCAAUACGGAAAUCUCUUUGAAAUGAAAAAAAGUGCAGUGUAAACCAAACAACCAAAGGCUCGCGAAGUAGAUAUAGCGAAAAAUUAUUUGUAAAAAAGAAGAAAACUAAACCCCUCCCAGGAUUAUUUACUUCCAUCCCUAUGUCUCCUGCAGACUUUGCAGGGGACCACAUAUUCGUCCUUUCAUUAACGUCCUUAAGAUGUUGUCGGUUGUCUAUUUGUAUGCUUUGUUUCGCCUUUGUAGCGUACAAAUCCUACCAAGCUGAUCAGUAGCGCAGUAAUAGUAAUGUCUAUUUCAUGUCAGUUGUCUUUGUGCUCCGAAAUGCAUAUUAUUCAUUUAGUUGCAAAUUCAAAGAAAUCAUAAUUUUAUUAUGACUGUUUUAAUUCCAUAGGUGUAUUAAGUAAAGGUGUUGGAUCAUUUGGUCUCUUGAUCAUUGGAGUAGUAGUUUUUUUUUCGUAAAAAUUUGCUAGAAUUUCGGAUUGCGAGUGCACCCUAUGCUCCUUCCAAUUGUACUACAUUGCAUGGACCAAUUGUGCUAUAUUCGAUAUACAGCGGACACACAUAAACUGUACACCGGAAACAUGAAUCAGGAAUUUAAAAGGAACAGAGUACGGCACAAGGUUUGCCACCGAAAUAAACAAACCAACAGAAGAAAAGCUUUUCUUAGCUAUAUUUCUUGCUAUAUUUUUGUUGACGCUUACAAGUGGCAGCUGGUCGAAGGUACCGAUACCGAAAAAUUGUCAGAAAGCGAAUAGAGAAACAGAGGCGGCGGAAAGCAGUAUCACAUCGAGCUAUUUUAUGCUACCAAAGAGAUAUAACAAACCAAUAAAGAAAAAUGUUACAAACAUGAAGCAUAACACAUAAUCGAUACUAUAGGUAAAAAAGGCUUGAGGAAGCUUGCAAGAAACAAUCGUGUAUUACAAUACAAGGAGAGAAGUAAAAAAAAUAACAAACAAACAAACAAACUAACAAACAAAAGCUAAUAUCAUGUAACUUUGCAGAUUUUUUGUAUAACUAGCUAUAGCAAAUGAUAGCGAAAGAAUAUUUUAGUUAAAACAGUUGAUCCACCGGGUUGUCACACAUGAAUAAUUUCCGAUUUCGUAUGAUUUAAAUAAAUGGCUUGAACCAAAUUCAACAGUAUACUAUACUCUAUUUAUCAAUUAAGUGUACAUUUGAUUGCAUAAUUGUGGUUGCGUUAGAAAAAAAAGUACAUACGCGAAGAUGGGUUUUGUUCAAUUAGAUGCGUAGUAUUGAAUGUUUAGUUAAUGUGCUUUUGAAAUUUCCAUUUCUGUUGGUUAAGAACAAAAUUCCUAACUACAUUACAGAUAGCUUUAUCACUGUUGUACAUACGUGAUGCGGUGAAUGUAAAACACUUUCCCAAACCAAAUUGUCAUUCGAAUUGCUAGCUUAGCCUAUGUAUGCGUUAAGCAAGAAACGCAUUAUACAAGGGUACAACUCACCACCUAGCACCAAAUGUGACUAUGAAACAAUGUUUAACCCGCAAAGCCUCGGUCCUAUACAAUACAGAAUACAAAACAACUCUACAGGCAAAAAUGAAGGAAGAAAACAUAGAGAGCGAUUGUUUGACACUGUUUUUUAUUUGUCCUGCAAACCAAUUUAAGCUCUUCAGAACAGGAACCAGAUAACGUAUCUAUAAAUCGUCAGACGGUUGUACAAAACCAAUUUCUUCAUUCUACCAGCAAUAAACUAUACGAUGUGAAUCCAUUCAAUCAAUCUUGCUCAUAGGCCCACAACACGCAUUAAAGUGGGAUACGAUGCUAGCCAGCUAAAUAAAUCGCAAUCAAAGUGAUGCUUAGGGCGAACAGGGUAGUAUAGCUUCUGACUGUCUCAAAAUAACGCCUACAACAUUGCAAACCUACCAUCAGGACACAGCGAAGGACACAAUGGUAGAAAGGCAGCAGCAAUAUCGCAGGACAUGUAAGGUGGUGCAUUGUUGUAAUGAAUAAUAUGCAAAUAUGCUAUAAAUCCCACAAAGCCUCGCAAAAGAGCAAAGAAAACAAACGAACAAAAUAUCAAUAUACAACAGCUACAAUACAAAUACCUACCAAUCACGCCGCAGUAGCAAAAUGAAGCAACAACAAGAAAAAACGCAACUUGCUACACAUCUUUUUGCACUUUGAUGCACCAACCAUUUAAAACAAAUGUUAGAAAACCACCAUGUAAUCUAUAGCACGUGUACAACAUGGUCUGCAUGUGCAGACAGUAUGGAAUAGCAGAUGAAAAAGAAAUCCGAUCCUUUGCCAUAGAAAAGAAUAUUUAUUGGAAAAUCAAAGAGGCAAUUGGCAAUGGCAAGAUGCAGUUUGCUAACCAGACACGAACACAAUUAACUCACCAAAACAGUAACUGAAAUAGAACGAUCG